UAGCGAACCGUUACGUCACAGCAAUCAGCUGUUCUAAACGCAAAAUUGUUUCAGCCGGAAAAUAAUGAACUUUUUGAAAAAGUUGGUUCCCCAGGUGGCAGCAGAGGUGCAGCAAGCCACCCGGUCAAGUAUCCACACAAGCGCCGUUUGCUGUCGCGUGCAAUCCGGGCGAUACCGCAUAACCACAAAGAGGAACAGGCCGCUUACUUACGAGAUGGCGAAUCCCCCGCAUUUUAUUGCCCACCGAAAGUCCUGGAACUCGUGGAACACAUCCACGCUAAAGGAUGGCCUCCGCCCAUCCCAAACCGCCAUCGAGGAUGUCUUUAUCCGCAAGUUUGUCACCGGCACUUGGCACGCCCUCGUCUCCUCCGAAAUCAUUAUAAAGCGGCAGCACAACACCAUCCGCAUUGCAGCCUUAAUUCGGCAGGCGAUCACCCCGCGCAAAAUGUACUUCCUCAUCGGAUACACGGAGGAGCUGCUCUCCUACUGGAUGCAGUGCCCUGUAACGCUGGAACUGCAGACGGUGGGAGACAAGAAGGACGUGGUCUUCAAAUACAUUUAGUUGAUUUUGCUUAAUUACAUGUCCAAUAUAAAAAUGUGGUAGAAUUA